AAGUAGAAAUUGAAGCGGGAAAAAUCAGUUGGGAGAGUAAAGCAAGUGUGUGGAGAGUGGAGCAUUCUUGUCUUGUGCAUUUUGUGAAGAUAAGAUGGCCACAACAGCACCCUCUCUUCCUCACACAUACUCCCAUGUACUUCCAAUUUUAGGGUUUUAGGGUAUAUUCCUUCCUUCCUUCAUUUGUUUCUUCUUUUUCUCUAAUAGGAUGGCUGCUAUUUCUAUCAUCUCCAACUUCCCACUCCCUUCUCACACUUCCAUUUUCCUCAAUAUCAGUUUUCCCCCUUCUGACCCAAUCCGCUGCUUCUUCAGGUUUAGUAGAAUCUGCGUUGUUUCUUCCCAUACCAAUCCAAAGAUUCUCAAGCCCAAUCGAAGGUCUAGGUACGGCCAGCCUAUAUCGCCUUAUCACUCUGAUGACAGUUUUGAAGAUGAAGAAGACGACGACGUAUCCACUUCUGAUGAUGAAUCGCUAGAUUUGAGAGUUUCUUCCCAGGAUCAGCAACGCCUGAAGUUUCAGAGUGCAACACACAUCAGUCGAGACAGUCAUCACCAUUCAGAAAGAGGAUCGAAUGCAAAAUUUGGACACCGGAGGCAAACUACUGAGAUAACCCAAGAUUGCAGAGAAAAGGAGGCAAGGGGAAGCUUGGCUAAGGACAGAUUUAGUCAUCUAGCAGAGGAGCUGGAUCUGGAUGAGAGAUGGCUUCCACUUCUUGAUUACCUAAGUACCUUUGGAUUUAAGGACUCUCACUUCAUCCAGAUGUAUGAAAGGCACAUGCCUUCCCUUCAAAUAAAUAAGAAUUCUGCACAGGAAAGGUUGGAGUUCUUGUUGAGUGUCGGUGUCAAACAUAAAGACAUCAGGAAGAUAAUAUUGAGGCAGCCUCAACUUCUCGAGUAUACUGUGGAAAAUAAUCUGAAAUCCCAUGUCACAUUUUUAACUAGUUUGGGUAUCCCAGACUCAAGAAUAGGACAGAUAAUUACUGCAGCUCCGUCUCUUUUUUCGUAUAGUGUGGAAAAUUCAUUGAAACCCACGGUGACUUACUUGCUUGAGGAGGUUGGUAUCGAGAAGAAUGACCUGGCUAAAGUUGUGCAGUUAAGCCCUCAAAUUCUGGUGCAGCGGAUUAACACUUCAUGGACAACCCGCUUCAAUUUUCUCACUAGAGAAUUGGGUGCACCCAGAGAUAGUAUUGUCAAAAUGGUUAGGAAGCAUCCUCAAUUACUUCACUACAGCAUAGAGGAUGGAUUGCUUCCCCGGAUUAAUUUUUUUAGGAGCAUCGGAAUGCGCAAUUCGGAGAUAGUGAAAGUGCUAACUAGCAUUACACAGGUCUUCUCUCUAUCACUUGAGGGGAAUCUGAAACCUAAGUACAGCUACUUGGUUAAUGAACUUGGCAAUGAAGUGCGAUCAUUGACUAAAUAUCCUAUGUACCUAAGCUUGUCGCUGGAUCAGAGAAUUAGGCCUCGCCAUAUGUUUUUGGUUUCCCUAAAGAGGGCUCCCAAGGGACCAUUUCCAUUAAGUUCACUGGUCCCAACUGAUGAAUCUUUUUGUCAGCAGUGGGCAAGGACUAGCUUGGACAAAUAUCUUGAUUUUCGGCAGAGAUUGCUUCUAAAGGAACUUGCCAGAAAAUAUGAAAGACGAUAAUAUGUUUGAGCUCCACUGGUAGCAGAUCUUCUGCCCUGUAUACUUAUCAUAAGGCUAAUUUUGUGAAAGGAUUUUAUAGCACUUAGAUGAAAGUUAAAGAUCAAUACACACACUCAGGAACCAGGUCAUUUUCUUCGUUAUACAGUUUAAGACAUACAAUUUCAGCUUGAAGUGGUACUUUUGCACUACCUUUGAGAGGUUCUGAAGUCAAAUUGCACGAACAUAACCAUAUAUUCUCAAGGCGAAGAAUGCAUUUUAAAAAAUAUCUUUUUGGAAUUUAAUGGUAAGUGUAAUUAUAGAAUGGUGUAGUAUGUAUAUUGUGAGAUAGUGCACAAAAUUUUGACAUCAUCUGCUAGCUGUGCCCUUUAGGCUCUUGUAAUCUGUGGCCAUUUUACUACACUUUUGUACCUUGCUGCAAAAUGUUUAAAGGGCAGCUUCGGAGACCCUUCUUUUACUGAGAAAAUCUCAGUUAAGGAAUACUUACUGAAAUUAGUUCAUUGUUCUAUCAGAAAUAGUUUAAAUAUACAUACUUUUAAUUUAAAUA